AUGGCGGGAAUUGCCAUGCUGUUUGCAAACCUCCUGCAAGUGAUGGCGCCCUUGUUACUGAGAUAUUUUCUCGUCAGUCUAUCGGAUGAAUUGUCGUCCCACAGCAGCUCCUUCAUCUUUGUGGUCUCACUCUUUACCACCCAGAUGGGGAUGAGCUUCGCUCUUGUACACUACCAUUAUCUGGGUCAAGUGGUCGGUAGCCAGGUUAAGGCUGUUCUUACUGCAAUAGUCUUUGAAAAGUCUCUGAAGCUCUCUAAUAGUGAAAGCAAUGAUUGGACUGAUGGGAAGAUAUCGAAUCUUAUUACAGUCGAUUCGCAGCGUAUUGAGAGCGCUCUUCUAUAUGCCAACAUGAUUUGGAGUGAGCCAGUGGCUGUCAUUGUGGCAUUGGCUAUCCUCUUCUAUAAUCUUACCUGGAGCGCGCUGAGUGGCCUUUUACUCCUUGUUGUAGGUGCGAAAGGCCUGGAAUACAGCAUGGGCUGGCUGAUGUCAAGACGUGUGGCAAUCAAUGCCCAGGUAGAUCACAGAAUAUUGAGCCUCCUUGAAGCACUGCGCAAUAUGAAAUUUGUCAAGUUCCAUGCUUGGGAGCCAUACUUUAUCCGUCGGAUCUCUGAUGCCAGAACGGCCGAGGUCCAGCAGCAACACAAGCUAUUAAGCCUCCAGAGCACGAUCAUGUCCCUAUCCACCUCGCUCCCUUCAUAUGCGGCGAUGUUAUCUUUUAUUAUGUUCAUGACCGUCCAAGGCCGACUGACUGCUGCAGAGGCAUUUUCUUCCUUAGCGCUAUUCAAUUGUCUUCGCAAGCCCCUCAAUAUCUUGCCGAUGGUGCUUAACCAGCUCAUCGAUGCAUGGGUAUCUAUCCAACGCAUUGAAUCAUUUCUGAGGGCGGAGGAUCAACAGAAGACAAUAAAGUGGGAUUUUAACGCUGUCAAUGUCGUCGACGUAACUGACGGCUACUUUUCCUGGAAUUCUACUGCUGAUGACAAUGUUCCUUCUCCCGCGAUUACUGAAGAAACCAGCCUGCUCUCCGUGCAUGAGGAAUUCAACAUAGCUGGCAAUGGGCUUUCGUCUUUAGCUCUAAGAAACGUUGACCUACAGGUCAAGUCAGGAGAGCUUGUUGCGGUCGCGGGGCCUGUAGGCGCAGGAAAGAGCGCUCUUCUUCUCGCUCUUGCCGGCCAGAUGGGCCAGACUCGAGGCCAUAUCACACUCGGCGCUACGCGAUCCUUUUGCUCUCAAGUGCCGUGGAUUGAAAGUGGGACUGUCCAGGAGAACAUCUUGUUUGGCAAAUCUCUACUACAGCCGUGGUAUAAUGAGGUGAUAGAAGCGUGUGCUUUGAAGCCAGACCUCAAGGCAUGGGAACAUGGCGAUGCUACUUACAUUGGCGAGCAAGGCAUUACACUGUCCGGUGGCCAGAAGCAACGUAUUAGUCUUGCGCGAACCAUAUACGCAGACGCCGAUCUACUGCUUCUAGAUGAUCCUUUAUCGGCUGUGGAUGCCGAUGUUGGACAGCAUAUCUUCAAGGAAGCUAUUCUUGGCUUGCUACGUGGAAAAACCUGCAUUCUGGUGACCCACCAAAAGCACAUAAUCACCCAAUGCGAUCGUGUUUUGUGGUUAGAAAGGGGCCAUAUUAAGGCUUCUGAAAGCCUAUCGAGCCCAUCAUCUAGUAAUGAAUUGUUGUCGCAUUUGAUUCCUGCCCAGGAGAAUUACGAGGCAAAGAACUCGAAUAAUGGAGAUAAUGGCAGAUUGAGCAAUGAAUAUGAUGAAGCGGUACCUCACGACCAAGAUCAUAAAACGGUGAUAGACAGCGAGACUCAAAAGACGGGCAGUGUGCACAGGUCUGUCUACAAAACGUACCUUUCUGCUUCGGGCUCGAUCUUCCAUUGGCCGAUUCUCUUCUCUCUAUUGAUUGUCUCGCAAAUAGCCGGAAUCUUCACUAGCGUUUGGCUAUCAUGGUGGGUGGAUAACACCUUAGGGUGGGAUAACCUUGCUUAUAUAGUCGGUUAUAUCCUCUUUGGGGUAGUUCAGAGCGUUCUCGCGUGGGUAUAUCUUAGUCAAGCUUCAAUUACAGGCUUGCGAGCUAGUGACAAUCUGUUCAAGACGGCUCUUCAGCGUGUCUUAUAUGCUCCCAUGUCAUUUCAUACUGCAAAUCCGGCUGGACGAUUGAUGAACCUGUUCUCCAGUGAUGUGAAUCAGCUGGACAAUGGUGUUAGUGGCGCAGUUCAGGCAUUCUUUAUGCUAAUUGGAAUUGCCUUCUCUACUUUCCUACUCAUAUCUGUUCAGUUUCCUCUUUUUAUAUUGUCCUUUCCAUUGAUUACUUUGGUCGUAUACUAUACUUCCAGCUAUUAUCGCGCUUCGAGGCAAGAGCUUAAACGCUUCGAGACCGUAUCACGAUCUACUGUUGCAGCAAGUACCAUCGAGUGCAUUUCAGGCCGCCAGACCAUCCGAAGCUUUGGCGUCCAACAUGUUUUCCAAAGUCGAUUGAGUAUCACAAUCGAUGAAGCAAGCAACUAUUCAUAUUUAAUGUCAGCCAGCCAGCAGUGGCUGAAUCUCCGACUGGAUACACUGGGCAAUAUUCUCAUUCUCUUUGUCGGAGCUUUGAUUGUCAUGUCGGACAACUCCAUUCCAGCAAGUAUGUCUGGUUUGUUAAUGACUUACUCUUUGGCUGUCGUGCAAAUAAUCCCUGGCAUUGUAUCCCAAACUGCUGAGAUUGAAAACUCUUUUAUCACAGUCGAGAGAAUGAUAUAUUAUGGCAAUGAAAUUCCGACAGAGAUAGCCAUAUCGGCUACUGUGCCAUCGUCGACCUGGCCAGAAAAAGGAACCAUAACCUUGAAGGAAGUUAGCCUACGCUAUCAGAGUGAUCAUCCUCAAGCAUUGAAUGAUGUCAGCCUCACAAUCCAUGACGGUGAAAAAGUCGGUAUCAUUGGGCGCACAGGUGCAGGCAAAUCUUCAAUUAUAUCCGCUCUUUUUCGACUCUUUCCCCUAGAAAAUGGGUCCAUUGUCAUUGACAAUAUGAAUAUUGCAGAUUUGAAUCUUCAUUCCUUGAGAUCCAAAUUAGCUAUCAUUCCUCAGGACCCGACCCUCUUCCAGGGCACAGUCCGAACAAACUUGGACCCCGCUGGAGAAUAUUCAGAUGAUGUUCUUUGCGAUGCACUUCGCAAAACUAGCCUUUAUCCGCAAGUACACCUUGACCGAGAAGUUCUACCAGAUGGCAAAAACUUUUCUCUGGGUGAGCGGCAGUUGCUAGCAUUGGCGCGUGUUUUAGUGCGAGAUCCUCGCAUCCUCGUUUGUGACGAGGCUACUUCUGCCGUCGAUCAAGACACGGAUCAGGCUGUGCAGAAGACACUACUAGAGGGAUUUCAGGACCGAACAGUAAUCUGCAUUGCUCAUCGACUGCAAACGAUUAUACGUUAUGACCGAAUCUGCAUGGUAGAUCAAGGCAAAAUUGUUGAUUUCCAGAGUCCACUUGCGUUGUUCGAUAAAAAUGCCGAGUUUCGCCAGAUGUGUGAGCUCAAUCAAAUCACCCGCAAGGACAUCGUUUAG